UUUCCACUGUACUUUAGGCCCUGAAAAGUUAGAAGCUUUAGUUUGGAGUAAAAGUGGAAAAAUGACGAUCGACGACGACAGUUCGGUGUACGUGGGAGGACUCCCCUACGACGCCACCGAAGCCUCAAUCCGCCGUGUUUUCAGCCUCUACGGCGCUGUCGUCGCCGUGAAGAUUGUUAAUGAUCAUUCAACUAGAGGAAAAUGCUAUGGCUUUGUUACUUUUACAAAUCCUCGUUCAGCUUAUGAUGCUAUCAAUGAUAUGAAUGGCCGGACUAUCGAUGGUCGAGUUGUGAGAGUGAAUGAAGUGACAACUAGAGGGGGCAGAUUGAAUUUUAAUCGAGACCGCUCUCGACGGGGUGAGUGGGAUAGGGGACAUGAAAGGGAAAGAGAUCAUGAUCGUGACAGGGAACGGUAUCGGGAUCGAUAUAGUGAUAGGUCUGAAGAGCAUGAGCAGUCUCGGGACCAUGAUGUUGGAAGAGGAAGAGGAUAUGAGCAUCAUGAUCAUGAUAGAGCUGGGGAAUACUCAUUGGAUAGAGAUCUUAACAGAGAUGUGGAGGAUAAUGUGCAAGGGGAAAGCAGGGACCAUAUUCAGGAUUGGGAGAGUCAUGAGCUCAGUUUGGAUCAAAAUAGAGAGAUUGAUGGAAGUGGAACCAAUGGUUAUCAUAGAAGUCUUGAUGAGGACAACGAGCAGCAGUUGAGAUGGAAUGGCUCUAUAAACAAUGAUCACCAUAGCAGAGGGCUUUCAUCAGAUUCAAGUGAUGAUUACAAUCAGAUGAAAAAAGACCUAGAAGGAUUGAUUGAAAGUCGGGAAGAACUUAGAAAAGAGAUUUCGCUGAUGGAAGGGAGGUUAGAAGACAGACAAGAAAUUGUUUUGGAUUUACAGAAAAAAUCCAAGACCCUGGAGGAUUCAUUAAUUGCUGCAAAGAAGCUCUCUUCACGCCGGAAAAUGCAGUUAACCAAGCUGCAUAAAUGUUUCCUGCAAGUAAAGGAGUACAGAGAAAAACUCAAAACCUGUGAACAAGAACUUCAGUCCCUCGUUGAUUCAGCAAUACUAGAGAGUGAAGAUGAUGUGGCUGUACGGGGUGGUAUUUUGGCAAAUGGCAUUGCCUGAUUUUAUGUUGAGUUUAGUAAUCCUCUGAUGUCUCAUUUGUUUAAAGAUGACAUACGCUGCCUUACCCUUUGGUUGGAUUACUUGUACCUUUAUGUAAAUAGAGCAUCGGGAGAUUGAAGUAUUAAGCUAGCUCCUCAAUUUAGAUGUAUAUACUGAUAUCUGGAGUGUUAUUAGACCAUGCUUUCUGGUCGUUAUUAAUGUUUGUCAUCUGCUGC